AUGGAACACCAUUCCCUAGUUGAGGAGAGAGAAGAGCUAAUGAUUUCCCUAAAUAGUAAUGAUCAUAAUCAAACUCCAACUUUAAAAAGAUCCCAUUUCCUUAAACCAACUCUAAACCCCAGAAAUCAACCCUUUCCAAAACCCCCUUGUUUUUCUCUAUCCUUUAAACCCAACAAAAAUCCCCCCAAAAUUAAGGUUCAUUUCAAAGGAAGGCCAACACCCCAGAUGAAUUGGGACUUAUGGGUUACUAAUUUGCAACAAACCCAUGAAUCUACUUGGAAAAAAGUUGGCAUCUUUGAUGCAAUCAGGGCUUCUACUUACAAUUUAACGAGGGAUAAUGAGCUUAUCUUAGGAUUAGCUCAUAAUUGGUGUCCUGAAACUAACACUUUUGUGUUUUCUUGGGGUGAAUGUAGUAUUACUUUGGAAGAUGUUAUGAUUUUAGGUGGGUUUUCUGUUUUGGGUGAGUGUGUUAAAACCCCAUUUCAAAGCAGAGAGAUUGAGGAAAUUGAGAAUACAUUGGUUAGUGUUUUCCUUCGAGAUAGAAAGAGUAGUUGCUUCCAAAUCAAGCAGAACGAAUGGAUGGAUUAUUUCAUGGAUUUUGGGGGUGAAUCGGAGCAUAUGGCAUUCCUUGUAUUAUGGUUGUCGAGGUACGUGUUUUCGACAAAGUAUUUCUGUCAAAUUUCUCCCUAUGUUUUCCCUGUUGCUAUCGCUCUUGCUAGAGGUACUAGAAUUGCACUUGCUCCUGCUGUUUUAGCUGCAAUUUAUAGAGAUUUGAGUUUGUUGAAAGAAAAAACUCAAGGGUUUGUGCAAAAUGAUAAAAGCAAACUUGUUCUUUGGGCACCUUUCCAGAUAGUUCAGCUUUGGGCUUGGGAGAGGUUCCCUACAUUGGGUCCGAACCCUAUUGCUCUCUUACAUGGUGAGCCGAGGUUGGCUCGUUGGCAAAACUUAUCCAAGUUGAAAAAUAAGUUAGCCUGGAUAGGUUUUGAGUCUCUUGGUGGGAGCUUUUUGUGGAGGCCCUAUGCUUUAUCUGUGGAUAAUUGGAAGUUCCCGGAGUUUUAUGGUGAUGAAGAGAGGUCGGUUUUGAUAGAUUCGGAGGUGGGGGAGGAGUUGUUGUCAUUUGCAAAAUGCUUGAGAGUUGAGAGCCUGUGA